GUGAAUGAACGGACCGGGCUUGCAAAGAAAAAGCCCCUUCGCCCCUUUACGGGUGAAAACCCUCCUGUGUGACUGUGUCUACCUCUCUUCAAAAUGGGUUAAGUAACUAAAUAGAUAAACUGCGUAAAAUUUCCCCUGAAAAUGGCAAAGAGCCACACCAUCUUCAUGUCGUGGCGCCCCUACUCUCUCCUUCGCCUAGCUCUCCCUUCAUCUCUUCUCCACCUCCCAAAACCACACUCGGUCAUUUUAAACAAGACUCAACCAAACUUGCUCUUCUCUUGCGCUAACAGAACCAAACUCCACUUUGAAACCCAUGGCUUCGUUAAAUUAGGGUUUGGUUCUGUCGGUAAUCGCAGAUUCAGUACUGAAGCUUCCCGUGAUGUUAAUGAUGCUGGCUCCAUUGACUCUCCUCUUAUGAAGUCCAUGGAGAACAAGAUUAAGGAAGAACUAACUGCGGAAUCAGUCUCUGUAAAAGAUGCUUACGGUGAUGGUCGACAUGUCUGCAUAGAUGUUAUCUCUGAAGCCUUCGAGGGACAGUCAGCCGUGAAUAGGCAGAGGAUGGUAUACAAAGCCAUCUGGGAGGAGCUUCAGAGCACUGUACACGCAGUUGAUCAGAUGACUACCCGAACCCCAACUGAAGCAGCUGCCCAGAAGUGAUGGAACAUUUAUGAAAAUGACAAUAAAAGUCGAAACUUCCUCUGUUCAGUUUUCUUGUUGCCAUUCAUAAAAGGAAUCAGUAAGCUGUGAGCCUACUUUUCUCAUUAUUAAAUUUGCUCUUGCUCCCUCGCUGUUAA